AUGCUGUCCGCACGACUAUUGCGGCCGCCAGGGCGCCAAUUGCUCUCCAGAGCCCCAAUACUACCAUCACAGCCCCGCUCCAUCUCCCGAACCCGCGCCUUCCACGCGACAGCCCCCCGCAAAGAUGGCGCCCUCGAUACCCUCCUCUACCUCCCGCACGAAAUGGUCUCCCUCAUCCACAACUACGUCCCCUGGUACGCCGCGCUGCCGCUCACCGCCUUCCUCGUCCGCGGCCUGCUCGUCACGACCGCGGGGUCCUACGCCCGCGCCCUGACCGCGCGCUACAUCGGCACGCACCCCGUGCGCCAGGCCCUCGCCUACCAGAAGCGCAACGAGCUCAUGCAGCGCGGCGGCUAUACCAACCCCAAGGAAGCCCGCACGGAGAUUGCCAAAGCCGUCAAGGCGGAGACAGCUGCCCUCGACCAGCGCUGGAACUGCACGCUCCGCGCGUCGGUGGCCUGGACGCUUGCGCAGAUCCCCAUCUUCUUCACCAUGGCGGAGGUCAUUCGGCAGAUGACGGGGACGCGCGACGGGCUGCUGGGCAUCGUCAUGGGGACGCUGGGUCUAAAAGAAAAAUCAGAUGCGGUGCACGGCAUCGAUCUCGUUGGGAAUCAGUGGUUCCAGCCGUCGCUCGCAGACGAGGGUAUGCUGUGGUUCCCAAACCUCCUCACCCCGGACCCGAUCCUGCCCUUUGUCGUCUCCGCGCUCAUGUUCACAAACGUGUACUUCACCAAGAACGGCGCGAGCGCAAACCCGGACUCGCUACCUACCUUUUCGCGCGCGGUGCGGCUGUCGCUGAUGGGCGCGAGUCUGGCGAUCGGGCCCUUGUGUCAGGAUCUGCCUGCCGCGCUGAUGCUGUAUUGGGCGGGGAGUACGUCGAGUGUCAUGCUGUGGAACCUCUGGCUCGAUAGGAAAUACCCAUCACCGCGGGGCUUCACGGCCUGCAAGCGGCCGCUGCAGUUGCUGGCUGCGCCGAAGCCAGAUGCGAGGAUAAGACCUGGUCUGGGGCUGCCGAUGGCGAAGGCGAAGACAGUGCUGCCGCAGAUGCAAGGAAAGAGGCGGCCGCGCCGGUCAGCUCCGCAUGCGUAA